CCCUUCCCACAGGGAGGGGCUGUCCUGCUCAGCUAGCACAUGGCCUGCAGGCCUGGCCUUUCCCGUCACCCCCUCAGAUCCACUUUUAAACGUGAGAACCUUUUUCUGGGGGGACACUCACGUCCCACCUCCUGCCACAAGUCCCCGGGCGCGUGGGCGCUCAUCUGCGCUCCAGCCCUCACCCUUCUGGGGGUCCCUGCGGCUGCCUCUGCCCACACGGCCCUCCUCUGCCCACCCCAGUGUGAGAAUGAGUCAGCCCUGAGCCUGUACGAGACCUGCAAGGUGCGCACGGUGAAGGCGGGCACGCUGGAGAAGCUGGUGGAGCACCUGGUGCCCGCCUUCCAGGGCAGCGACCUCUCCUACGUCACCAUCUUCCUGUGCACCUACCGGACCUUCACCACCACCCAGCAGGUCCUGGACCUGCUGUUCAAACGCAGGUUCGGUAGAUGUGACGCCCUCACGGCCUCCUCUAGAUACGGAUGCAUCCUCCCUUACUCCCACGAGGACGGCGGGCCCCAGGACCACCUGAGGAAUGCCAUCUCCUCCAUCCUGGGCACCUGGCUGGACCAGUACUCGGAGGACUUCUACCAGCCCCCGGGCUUCCCCUGCCUCAAGCAGCUGGUGGCCUACGUGCAGCUCAACAUGCCUGGCUCGGACCUGGAGCGCCGCGCGCACCUGCUCCUGGCUCAGCUGGAGCGCACGGAGCUCACAGAGGCGGAGCUGGAGGCUCUAUCACCAGCUCCAGCGCCAGAGCCAGCUCCAGCACCAGUUCUAGCACCCAGUCCUGUGCCAACUUCAGAGCAGGGGCCAUCUCCAUCGCCAGCUCCAGCGCCCAGUCUAGUGCCAGCUCUAGCGUCCAGUCCUGUGCCAACUUCAGAGCAGGAGCCCGCGCCAGCGCCAGCUCUAGUGUCCAGUCUAGCGCCAGCUCUAGUGCCCAGUCCAGUGCUGGCACCAGAGCAAGAGCUAGUGCUGGCUGGAGAGCCUGAGCCGGCUCUCGAACCAGCUCCAGAGCGAGAGCCAGCCCCGGGACCCACUCCAACAGCAACUGCAGAGCUGGAACCGGCUCUGUCGCAAACUCUGGAGCUAGAGCUGGCUCCAGCACCAGAGCCUUCCUGGCCUUCGCCUGUGGCUGCAGAGAACGGGCUCAGCGAGGAGAGGCCUCACCUCUUGGCGUUUGCUCCCGACCUGGUGGCAGAGCAGUUCACCCUGAUGGACGCGGAGCUGUUCAAGAAGGUGGUGCCCUACCACUGCCUGGGCUCCAUCUGGUCCCAGCGGGACAAGAAGGGCAAGGAGCACCUGGCUCCCACCGUCCGGGCCACCGUCAGCCAGUUCAACAGUGUGGCCAACUGCGUCAUCACCACCUGCCUCGGGGACCGGAGCGCGACGGCCCGGGCCCGGGCCAGGGUGGUGGAGCACUGGAUCGAGGUGGCCAGGGAGUGCCGGGUCCUCAAGAACUUCUCGUCCCUCUACGCCAUCCUCUCCGCUCUGCAGAGCAACUCCAUCCACCGGCUGAAGAAGACGUGGGAGGAAGUAUCCAGGGACAGCGUGCGGGUCUUCCAGAAGCUGUCGGAGAUCUUCUCGGAUGAGAACAACUACUCGCUGAGCAGAGAGCUGCUCGUCAAGGAGGGGACCUCCAAGUUUGCCACCCUGGAGAUGAACCCCAAGAGAGCCCAGAAGCGGCCGAAGGAGACGGGUGUCAUCCAGGGCACCAUCCCCUACCUGGGCACGUUUCUCACGGACCUGGUGAUGCUGGACACCGCGAUGAAGGACUUCCUGUAUGGGAGACUGAUCAACUUCGAGAAGAGGAGGAAGGAAUUCGAAGUGAUCGCCCAGAUCAAGCUGCUGCAGUCCGCUUGCAACAACUACAGCAUCGAGCCCGAGGAGCAGUUCGGGGCCUGGUUCCGGGCCAUGGCGCGGCUCAGCGAGGCCGAGAGCUACAGCCUGUCCUGUGAGCUGGAGCCCCCCUCCGAGUCGGCCAGCAACACUCUGAAGGCCAAGAAGAGCACGACCAUCGUCAAGCGCUGGAGCGACCGCCAAGCCCCCAGCACGGAGCUGAGCACCAGCGGCAGCUCGCACUCCAAGUCCUGCGACCAGCUCAGGUGUAGCCCCUACCUCAGCGGCGGGGACAUCGCCGACGCGCUCAGCGUCCACUCGGCCGGCUCCUCCAGCUCCGACGUGGAGGAGAUCACCAUGAGCUUUGUCCCUGAGUCCCCCGACGGCCAGGAAAAGAAGUUCUGGGAGUCGGCCUCCCAGUCGUCCCCGGAGACCUCGGGCAUCAGCUCGGCAUCCAGCAGCGCCUCCUCCUCCUCGGCCUCCACCACGCCCGUGGCCAGCGCCCGCACUCACAAGCGCUCCGUCUCGGGGGUCAGCAGCUACAGCGCCUCGCUGCCGCUCUACAACCAGCAGGUGGGCGACUGCUGCAUCAUCCGGGUCAGCCUGGACGUGGACAACGGCAACAUGUACAAGAGCAUCCUGGUGACCAGCCAGGACAAGGCUCCAGCUGUCAUCCGCAAGGCCAUGGACAAGCACCAUCUGGACGAGGAGCAGCCGGAGCAGUAUGAGCUGGUGCAGGUCAUUUCAGACGAGAGAAAGCUGAAGAUCCCAGACAACGCCAACGUGUUCUACGCCAUGAACUCUGCCGCCAACUAUGACUUUGUCCUGAAGAAACGGGCCUUCACCAAGGGGGCCAAGGUCCGGCAUGGCGCCAGCUCCACUCUCCUCCGCAUGAAGCAGAAGGGACUCAGGAUUGCUAAGGGCAUCUUCUAGCUGGUCCCUGGCGCUGCCCAGCCACAGGGCUGCCCGUCGACAGGCUGACCUGGCCUCCCGGGACCACUCGCCGCCUUAGGUGCCUUCCGCUCUCUGGAGCCAGAGGCCUAGCCGACCUGGCCCAGGAGCGCUGCGACGGGGCACGGAGCCCUGCCCGCCACUGGGCACGCCCUCGCUACACCUCCCUCACCCCUUCCCAGGUGUGGGUCACUGCCACCUGUGCCCACGGGCAGCCCAGGGCACCCGCUCAUCCACUGGAUCUGACCACUGCGGUUCUCUCCUCGUGCCCACGGACACCGGCCGUGCCAUUCACGGGGCCCGGCCCCUCUACCACUCGAGCCUUCCGCAGGCUGCACCAAAGAUCCACCGUCAGGCCACGGAGUGCGGGAGCCCCGCACGCGAGCCCGGCCCCCCUCGGAGAUGAGGGACCCUCCUCACCUGUGAGUGAGGACCAGCCCCGGGAGUCCCCCGGCGCCACGGCCUGAGUGCCAUUCGCCACUGCCUCCUGGGCUUCUCGGGACCACACGGGCGGGGCCGGGGGAAAGGAGGAUUGGGGGGAAGGGAGGUGGUGGAUAUUUGUAUAAAAGGCAAAAAUCAUGUUUACCAGUUGGGGAGGGGCAAUAUUUAUUUGUUGUAAAUAGUAAAUGCUAGACUUGGAUAUUAUAUUAAAACCCUGUUUCUACGAUA